ACUGCAGCGAAAUCCCAUUGGCUGCAAAAACGCGUCAUUUCAAAGCUCUGAACUGAUUGGACUUUAUCAGUCCCAACCCGGAAGUGAGCUAAAGAAGUCAAGAUGGGCACUCGUCUGAAGGUCCUCAACACGUUUAAAGCGCUGCACAGAACAAGGACAGCUGUGUUCAAAGACGAUGCCAGAGCCCUGUCAGCUGCAAGAAUAAAGAUCAACGAGGAGUUUAGGAAGAACAAAAAUGAAACGUCAGAAGAAAACAUUGUAAAGAUGAUUAAAAUGGGCUCAGACGUGGAAGCUGUUCUUCGAGAGACAGUGAUGCAGAUGGAACAUGUUGGAGAUAAGAAACUCUUGCUUCGACCUAGGGAGAGCCUUCUACUAGAAAAUGUGCCCUAUUGUGACCAACCCAGGAAAAAGUCAUGAGAAACCAGCAUUUUAAAGAUCGCUGCAUGGAGAAAUGGCCUGUUUUGAUUCACUGAAGAUCUCUGCUGUUCUGUUUUAAGAAGUCUGAGCUAAAAAAACAAGAUAUUGUCAUUUGCAGUGCAGCAUUUUGUCAAAUGUAAUUUAAAAAUGUUUCCUUUCAAUUUAUGAGUUCUCCGGUGGUGUAACUUUUGAAAUAUUUGAUUGUGUUCUGAUUAAAGAGCUGUCCUGACUAUC